AUGUCGCUUCAUUCCUCAUAUAGUUAUGAUAGCCUUCGAGCAGUUAUUUUUGAGAAAGCUAUAAAAGAAUGUGCAAGUAAUAUUUAUCUUAUAGUUCUAGAAAUUUAAAAUUACUAUCAUUUAUCGGAAAGCAGUUCCGAUAUUAAAAGUAAUAUUUUUGCCGAUUCAGAAAAAUAUAUAUAAGAUAAGUAAUUUAUUAAUACUAUAAAUAAGGGAAUACAUUAUAGAAUUUGUUGAAUCUUAAAUUAUAUUGAAUAAUCAAUAAUCUUCUCUCUCUUAAUUUGAUACUCAACAAUGA